AUGAAAACACGCAUGCACUUUGACGACGUCGCUUGGGAAGAAAGCGAGAGAAUUACAGACAGCUGGGUGGAAUGGCUUCUAGCUGAUGAAGACACCCUCCGGGCCAUCGGUCAUCUCAUCUUGAAGCACCGAAGUGGUGUGCCUGAGGAGCUGGGUGAUCCUAAAGCUGGGUACUUCAACAUUUCAUUCCGGAUGAAGUACCUAGAUGGCAGCUCUGUCAUCAUCCGCUUCCCCAAACCCGGAGCGACAAUGUUUCCGGAAGAAAAGAUUCGUAACGAGGUGGCAGCCAUUCGAUAUAUUCAGAAGCACACUUCCAUUCCCGUCCCAUCCAUCCUAUACUGCGGUACGGCAGAGGAAAGUCCUCCUAGGAUGGGCCCAUUCAUCAUCAUGGAGUACAUAGAGCAUGAGACAAACAUGAGUCGGGCCUUGAAUAUGCCUGGGCUCGGCAUAGAAGACCGCCCACGCCUUGAUCCAAACAUUGACAUCGAGAAGUUGAAAAUGUUAUACGGUCAACUUGCAGAAAUUCUGCUGCAACUCAACAAACUGUCUUUUCCUCGAAUCGGGUCCCUCGAACAGGUCAAUAACGGCACUUACGAGGUAACACAACGGCCUUUGUCGAUCCAUAUGAACGAACUGGUGCGGCUAGGAACUCUGUCCCGGUCAAGUCUGCCACGAGGCACCUUUGAAUCCGCCUCGUCCUAUUUCGAUGCCCUUGCUGAUCUACACAUGGAGCAUCUGACGCACCAACGCAAUGACGCAAUAGACUCGGCCACUGAUUGUCGACGCAAAUACGUCGCCCGGCAACUGUUUCGCAAGCUGUCAAGCGAUCGCCAACUUACUGCCUCUGCUCGACAUCCUGAUUCAUCAUUCAAGCUGUGGUGCGAUGACCUUCGGCCCUCCAAUGUCCUCUUAAAUGCAGAUUUGCAGGUCGUGGGUGUUAUCGACUGGGAGUUCACCUACGCAGCCCCGGCUGAAUUUUCCGCCGCGCCGCCCUGGUGGUUGUUGCUCGAACAGCCGGAGUAUUGGCCAGGAGGGAUCAAUGAAUGGACCAAAGUCUAUGACUAUCGUCUAAAGUCCUUUCUAAAGGUAUUGUCUAAGCGAGAAGAAAUACUCAUCGAAUCUGGACGCUUGAGCGAAGAACAGAGACUCUCUGGACACAUGCGGGAGAGCUGGCGGAGCGGAGACUUUUGGGUCAGUUAUGCAGCGCGGAAGAACUUUGCUUUUGAUGCUAUCUUCUGGCAGAAGCUUGACGAGCGCUUCUUUGGGCCAGGAACACUGGACGAGUCGUGGAAAGAGAGACUUAAAUUGCUUGAUGACAAUCAAAAGCAGGAUAUGGAAUCGCUUGUCGAGAAGAAGCUGAAGGAAAUGGAGUCUUGGGUCCUUGCGUGGGAGCCUGAUGAACAAAGCGAACCUAGUCUUCAGGUCUAGCAGCAAAACUGGAUGUCUUCGCGAAGCUUGU